GUCAGACUUAAAUGAUGGCUGCAUUCCACUUAGGAGAGGCCCUGGUAUUGUGCAUGCUGACUCACUGAAAUAGCUUACUGGGACACACACAGGUUAUCAAUCUCCGCUGUGCUUUUCCUACUAUGACAAGUCAAAAUGUCUGCUGUGAAAAAGGUCAAUUCCUCUCUAGCAGCAAGGCGACGGACAUAAUGCACAAAAGACACCUCUCCACGCUUCGUACUAGCUACUCCACUGCUGGUUUUUGCAAAACGUCACCUCUGUGAGUCCGCGACUUGACGCAAGUCGGUUUUAUACAGACGUUUAUGCAGAGGUUUGGGUUGUGUCUAGAUGGUAAUCUGAUAUUUGCGAGAUGGUUGGUGGAAGGUUAGGCAUUUACCUCCAAUAGGUAAGUUAGGAUAGGUUGUUGUGCAGCGAGUCUCAAUGGAGGUUUUCUUGGGUUAAGAUCUAUGCACAACCGGAAGUUAGCCCACUACAACGGUCACAGUUCUUACUAGGGCUGCACAAUACAUAGUUUUUUUUAAUUUUUUUAUCGUUAUCGCGAUAUCAACUGCCGCAAUAUAGGCACACAUCGCAAAAGGCUGCGACAUAUCGUGAAAGACACAAAAUGGGUGUCUUACAUCAGCCCAGAGAGCCCUGGUGAAGGACUGACAGCGAGCGAGAGAAAGAAGGGCUCAGAUUGUAAAGUCCGGCCGUCUUGACUCUCACUGGAAUAAUCUAAAACCAUCUCUGAACAAAUGGUCUGAAAGGCUGAGACAUCUUAGAAAUUGGAAGCCUGUCUCUGUGCGUGUGUUUGGGAUGAAGCACCUGUGGGACGUUCACUUCCUCCUGCUCAUCCUCCUCUGCCUGUUAGGAGCCGUCACAUCACAGGUCAACCCAGGUGUGUGUCGGUAUCCUCUGGGCAUGUCAGGAGGACAGAUACAGGACGAGGACAUCUCUGCCUCCAGCCAGUGGUCUGAAUCCACCGCUGCUAGAUACGGCAGGUUGAACUGUGAGGAGGGCGAUGGCGCGUGGUGUCCAGAGACAACAGUGGAGCCAGACAGCCUGAAGGAGUUCCUCCAGAUUGACCUGCGCUCGCUCCACUUCAUCACCCUUGUGGGCACUCAGGGGCGUCACGCGGGAGGCAUCGGUAAUGAGUUUGCCCAGAUGUACAAGAUUAAGUACAGCCGCGAUGGCAGCCGCUGGAUCUCAUGGAGAAACAGGCAGGGCAAGCAGGUGAUUGAAGGAAACAGGAACGCCUACGUCAUUGUACUCAAGGACCUCGAGCCGCCCAUCAUCGCUCGCUUCGUCCGCUUCAUGCCCGUCACAGACCACUCCAUGAACGUCUGCAUGAGAGUGGAGCUCUAUGGCUGUGAAUGGCUGGAUGGUUUGGUGUCGUACAACGCUGCAGCAGGAGAACAGAUGAGCUUGCCUGCUUACUCUGCUUAUCUCAACGACUCUGUCUAUGAUGGAGCUGUCACCCACAGUAUGACAGAAGGCUUGGGCCAGCUGACUGAUGGAGUGUGUGGCCGGGAUGAUUUUACACAAAGUCACGACACUCACAAUGUGUGGCCUGGGUAUGACUACGUGGGUUGGACUAAUGAGAGCUUCUCCAAUGUUGAAAUCAUGUUUGAGUUUGACCGCAUACGCAACUUCACCACCAUGAAGGUCCACUGCAACAACAUGUACUCGCGACACGUCAAGGUCUUCCGCCUGGUGGUGUGUUACUUCCGCUCUGAGGCAGACUGGGAAGCCACGCCGCUCUCCUUUAGCCCCGUGGAGGACGUGGAGAAUCCCAGCGCCCGCUUCGUCACCGUCAACCUGGCCAAUCACAUGGCCAGCGCCAUCAAGUGCCAGUUCUACUUUGCUGAUGUCUGGAUGUUGUUCAGCGAGAUCACCUUCCAGUCAGAUACAGCCAUGUACAACACAACACUGGCUCCUCCCAAGACGGGACUGCCACCUGUCACACCAGAGGAUGACCCUACCCACAAAGUAGAUGACAGCAACACCCGCAUACUGAUUGGUUGUUUAGUGGCCAUCAUCUUCAUCCUCGUGGUCAUCAUUGUCAUCAUCUUGUGGAGGCAGGUGUGGCAGAAGAUGUUGGAGAAGGCCUCUCGCCGGAUGCUGGACGAUGAACUAACUGCUAGUUUGUCAAUACAGAGUGAGACGUUCGCUUACAUCCACAACCAGUCGAGCACAACCAGUGAGCAGGAGUCUAAUUCCACCUAUGAGCGCAUCUUCCCCCUUGGUCCAGACUACCAGGAGCCAUCACGCAUCAUAUGUAAGCUGCCGGAGUUUGCUCAGAGCUCCGAGGAGCCUGCUUCCACUAGCACAUCAGCUUCUAAAUCCACCACAACUACUGCAGUCCAAGAUGGCGCCCCUCACUACGCAGAGGCAGACAUUGUAAACCUGCAAGGCGUAACCGGAGGCAACACAUACGCCAUCCCCGCGUUAACUAUGGACCUGUUGUCAGGGAAGGAUGUUGCAGUGGAGGAGUUCCCGCGAAAGCUGCUCACAUUCAAAGAGAAGCUGGGAGAGGGCCAGUUUGGAGAGGUGCACCUGUGCGAAGCAGACGGAAUGCAGGAAUUUAUGAAUAAAGAGUUUUUAUUUGACAUCCCCGAGGACCUGCCAGUUUUAGUGGCUGUGAAGAUGCUCCGCUCAGACGCCAACAAAAAUGCAAGGAAUGAUUUUCUGAAAGAGAUAAAGAUCAUGUCACGUUUGAAGGACCCCAACAUCAUUCGCCUGCUAGCUGUGUGCAUCUACAGCGACCCUCUCUGUAUGAUCACAGAGUACAUGGAGAACGGAGAUCUCAACCAGUUUCUGUCCCGCCACGAACCCGAGGGACAACUCGCUCUGCUCAGCAAUGCACCUACAGUCAGCUUCAAUAAUCUGUGCUACAUGGCCGCUCAGAUAGCGUCGGGGAUGAAGUACCUCUCCUCUCUAAACUUUGUUCAUCGAGACUUGGCCACACGGAAUUGCCUGGUGGGCAAAAACUACACGAUAAAGAUAGCUGACUUUGGCAUGAGCAGAAACCUGUACAGUGGUGACUACUACCGCAUCCAGGGCAGAGCGGUACUGCCGAUACGCUGGAUGUCAUGGGAGAGCAUCCUGCUGGGUAAGUUCACCACAGCUAGCGAUGUGUGGGCUUUUGGGGUGACCCUGUGGGAGAUACUAAACUUCUGCAAAGAGCAACCCUACUCUCAGCUCACUGAUGAGCAGGUGAUAGAGAACACAGGGGAGUUUUUCAGGGACCAGAAAAGACAGAUCUACCUGCCUCAGCCUGUGCUGUGUCCAGACUCGCUCUACAAGAUCAUGUUGAGCUGCUGGAGGAGGAACACGAAGGAGCGGCCCUCCUUCCAGGAAAUACACCGAGCCCUCCUGGAAAUACAGCCUUAAGCCGGGGCAAUGUUAAAGACAGUGAUUCCCAGAUAGUUCAUCUCUGGAAGAAAUGGUGCAAGACAAGAGUAGACCAUGAUUCAGACACAAUCCAGGUUCAAGCCUUCUUGUUUCAGUAGAGAAACAGGGUGAGAGCCACCUGUGGGCUCCAAGCUAUGAUCUGGGAAACACUGUUUCAUGGACUUACACUCUACAAAGAUGGAAUACCGGUUGGUGUGUGUCAAUUUGAGUUUAAUUGGCACAGUCACGUUGGCUAAGAUGUUUAUAGACAUACAGGUAUCCUUAGAAAAAUCUAUUUUGUUUUAUAACAUGCAGAAACGUGAUUAAGGUGGGUUGUGACGUGUGUUGAUGAAGCCAAAAUUAAAUGUAGCAAGUGACAUUCGGCACUUUUGAAAUAUUGUUUUUAUUCUUUUUUUUUUUUUAUGAUGAUGAGUCCAAUUUUCCAUGUUACAGUGUUUGAGAACAAAACGUGUGCAGCAUUGUUGAAGAACUUUCUUGUGUUUUCUUUUGGAAGACUGCUUGAAUGUAGAGCGGGAAACGUGCAGCCAACCAUGGCUGUUACAUUUCAUUAUAUUUCAAGUAUUUCAUCUCAGUUUCUCAGACAUACUCCACACAUUUGGAAUAACAAGGAAAUAUCAAGUAACUUCUCAUCUCCCUGCAGUUUUCCUUCUGUGAUUUGAACAUGAAGUGUGUAUGAACUGGGUAUUUUCAAUAGAUAGGUCUAAAUCUCAAAUGGCAAUAUUUUGUAUUAAUAUUUAUAUGUUCAUAUGUGUUUCAUCUGGUUUAUGUUUUGUUGAUAUAUUUGUGGUUUAUUAUUCUUUCCUAGUUGACGUGUUUGGAGCAUCAUAUUUGAUUUGAUUCAGUAACUCUGCCACUCACAUUUUAGAUCUAAACACCAAACAAACUGCUUUAGUAGAUUUUUUUCCCACUGCAAACUGUUAUUGUUAUUGUCUUGCAUCGAUCACAAACUAAUAUUACUCUCUUAUAAUUCAAGAUGCUUAUCAGGUAUGCCGGCUGCGUUUUGCUAUGUCGGUUCAGCAGUAUGUUGAACAGUAUGAAUGCUUCAGGUUAGUUUAUAUUAGCUUGUGAAAGCUAACACACCUAAUGACUCAUCUACAGGCUUUAAUUAUUAGCUUGUUCUUUCUUUUGUUGAUGUAUGCUGGACUCUCUGGACUCUUUUCCCCUCUUUUCUACUUCUGUGUAUAACUCUCUAAUAGCUUGAACUUCAUGCUGCAUACCACUGUUUUUCACUUUAGCUGGAUUCACAAGCUCGACCCUCUUAUCAGAGGCCUUUGUCCCAUUUUACUCGUUCAUAAAAGACACUCAUGUCUGCCCUUAUGCACGAUAUUUUCAACUUUUCAUUUACAAGUUAUCCUUAUCUUUCUGUGUUUUGCAGUCUAGGCAAAAAAAUCCAUCCAUGUAAGUUUAAUAUGAUAUUCAUUUUGCAGACACAUUUGGGUAUUUGUGAACCAUGUGGUGAUUCCCAUCAAAUAAAGAAAUCUUUCUCCUCUCUCUGUUUAUAAAUGAAUUUGGGGGGCAGAUGUAUAGCUGUAAAAAUGUAAUGGCACCCUGACAGAUUUCAUGAUUGGUUUUAUUACAUUUUUGUACUUAAAUGUUUCAGUAAGAAUGUUUUUAUAUACGUUGUAAACAAAUGUUGUACAUUGAUAGACGAAAUACAAAUAAAAUGUUAACAGGGAAUAAUAUA